UCCGAAAUAGAAUAAAUUUUAUAGAACAGCUGUCGUUUUUAUAGGAUAACUGUCAGUGGGAAAUUGAAAACGUCAGUUCGACCGAAAAUUUGAGGAAAUACUUGGGGUCGAGAUGGCAAGUGCUUUGGUGCGGCUAAAUUCGAUUCCGAAGCACAAUUUAAGUGCGAUUACUCCUGUUAUUGCUAAUCAAAUUCGGGGGAACACCACUCAACCACCAAAGGCGACUCCUCCGCCACCACAGCCUGGAACUCCACCGGCUCAAACUAAAACAAAAUUCGGAGGUCUCGCCGAUCAGGAUCGCAUUUUCACCAACCUCUACGGCAAGCAUGACUGGCGCCUGAAGGGAGCGCAGAAACGGGGUGACUGGUAUAAGACCAAGGAAAUUCUCCUCAAGGGCCCCGAAUGGAUCCAAAAUGAAGUAAAAACUUCAGGUCUGCGAGGCCGUGGCGGAGCCGGUUUCCCAACGGGCAUGAAAUGGUCCUUCAUGAACAAACCGUCCGAUGGCCGGCCAAGAUAUUUAGUUGUGAACGCUGACGAAGGUGAACCGGGAACGUGCAAGGAUCGCGAUAUUAUGCGCCAUGACCCGCACAAGCUCAUUGAAGGGUGUCUGAUCGCGGGUCGUGCGAUGGGAGCGUGUGCUGCAUACAUUUACAUCCGCGGCGAGUUCUACAACGAAGCGUCCGCUACCCAGGUCGCUAUCAAUGAGGCGUACCAGGCUGGCUUGAUAGGCAAGAAUGCAUGUGGCUCCGGCUACGAUUUUGAUGUCUACAUUCAAAGAGGCGCAGGAGCCUACAUUUGUGGUGAGGAGACAGCCUUGAUUGAGUCAAUUGAAGGCAAGCAAGGAAAACCUCGUCUAAAGCCGCCAUUCCCGGCAGAUGUUGGUGUCUUCGGUUGUCCCACGACUGUUAACAACGUAGAAACAAUUGCCGUUGCUCCGACGAUCUGCAGGCGUGGAGGAGCAUGGUUUGCCAGUUUCGGGAGGACGCGUAACUCCGGCACGAAGCUGUUUAACAUUUCCGGUCACGUGAACAACCCGUGCACCGUCGAGGAGGAGAUGUCCAUUCCAUUAAAGGAACUGAUCGAGAAACACGCCGGGGGAGUGCGUGGCGGGUGGGAUAACCUUCUGGGCAUCAUUCCUGGAGGUUCAUCGACUCCUGUGAUCCCGAAAAAGGUGUGCGAGGAAGCUAUUAUGGACUUUGACGGGCUGAUUGCCGUUCAGACCUCUCUCGGUACGGCCGCUAUCAUUGUCAUGGACAAGUCGACAGACAUUAUUAAGGCGAUUUCGCGAUUGAUUAUGUUCUACAAGCACGAGAGCUGUGGACAAUGUACGCCUUGCCGUGAAGGCAUCGGCUGGAUGAAUAAGAUUAUGCAUAGAUUCGUAACAGGAAACGCGGAACCAGCGGAAAUUGACAUGCUAUGGGAAAUUUCGAAGCAGAUUGAAGGACAUACGAUUUGUGCGUUAGCUGACGGUGCUGCUUGGCCAGUUCAAGGCCUCAUUCGACAUUUCCGACCCGAGAUCGAAGCACGAAUGAAGAAGUACGCUGAGAUGGCUAAUAAGUAAGGAGACAACCCGUUAAAUGCGCUCUGAGAUAAGUCCUGGAAUAUUAUUUUCUUAUUUACUUACGAUUAGUGAAAACGUUUUCCUUAUGAAUACUGUGUAAACUCUUUGUAAAUUCAGUUAGAUCCUGCAGCAACUGUAACCAAGCAAUCUUGCUUCUCUGGUAUUCAGAAUAAAUACUGUGAAAAUUUG